CACUAGUGAAUGACGAGUGUGAGUAGUGGGGCAGAAUUACAAACAAGUCCAGGGGAACAGACACACUUUGUAAUUUUAUAUAUCAACAUUGUGAAUCGGUGUAAAUGUUAAGCUUGCCUUUCAUCAGCAUUGAGGAAAUGACUAUGCAGACAUGUUGAAAAAGCACCAGUUUUAUUUACCUGUUAUAUGGAUAAUGCUGCUGGCUGACAAACUGUCUCUGCAGGUCAGCCAGCUUCUCUCAUCAGGCCUUAACCGGUCUCAAAACUAAGUGUCCUUUAGGCUCCUCAAAAAUCACGGGACUGCCAGCUGAGGGCUGACCUACAAGAUGUCAGCUCACAUUUCCAGAAACCAUUGCAUCAACCAUGUUUAGGCCAGUGCUGUUUGAAGCUUCAAAACAGAUGGUCAGGCAGAAGCAGACAGUUCCUCAAGACGUUCAGACUGAGGAGGCCUUUGAGAGUCGGAGUGUGAGCGUUUUGGAAGCAGUUAUAACAAAAUCGCUGGUUGAUGGAGUUUGUGCGGCGGAGUGGUGACUACUGCCACGCCCAACACAUUUAGACCCUCCGUGGGAUGAGGCUGCACCAUGAAGACCUGCAGCCCUGAGACCUGAAGGAGCGUUGGCCUUUGCCCUCUGAACAAGCCAGCUCAUGGGGUAACAAGUGGAGCCUUAACACUGAAAGCUUACUGGAGCGAGAAAGAGAGAGAGAGAGAGAGAGAGAGAGAGAGAGCCUUUGAGAGACAAAGAGGGAAAAGAACUGGACAAUCAGAGGAACAGAAACAAGGAGACGAACAGAGAAAAAGCUGACACUUUAAAGCCAUCUGGACUAAAGGACACAGACACCUGAUGGGAUAAGACUCAAGACUAAAGGAAUUGGGAAAAUACCUUAAACUGUUUUAAUCAGCCUCCAAAUAAGUCGCUCCACAAGAGACAAACAGUCCCCAGUCACUGAGAGACCUGGUUUAAGUCAAAGACACAACAGCUACAGCUGGAAAUAAAGGUCAUCCUGGGCUUUCAAACCGUCACAGUGGCCACCAUGAAUCGUCCAGCUCCAGUGGAACUGUGCCACAAGAACAUGAGAUUCCUGAUCACACACAACCCCACAGACAGCACGCUCAGUUCCUUCCUAGAGGACCUGAAGCAUUACGGUGCCACCACAGUAGUUCGAGUCUGUGACAUCACCUAUGAUAAAACGCCGCUGGAGAAGGAUGGCAUUACCGUGGUGGAUUGGCCAUUUGAUGAUGGGGCCCCGCCCCCCAGUAAGCUGGUGGAUGAUUGGUUGGGUCUGCUGAAGAAGAAGUUUCAGGAGGAUCCAGGGAGCUGCGUUGCUGUUCACUGUGUGGCUGGACUGGGGAGGGCUCCUGUGUUAGUUGCUCUGGCUCUGAUAGAAAGUGGGAUGAAGUAUGAAGAUGCUAUUCAACUCAUCAGACAGAAGCGUCGGGGAGCCAUCAACAGUAAACAACUCACCUACCUGGAGAAGUAUCGAUCAAAGCAGAGGCUCCGCUUCAAAGACUCUAACACACACAAGAACAAAUGUUGCACCAUGUGAACACACACAGAAUCCUGUACCCCUCAGCAAAUUCUCUCAGGAAUCCAACCACAAUAGCCUUCUUUCAGAGUUAAAAUAUCUUGGCUUCCUUAGCCAAAGUAUACCCUGGGAAGCUUUGAAUAUCUUUCUGGCAAUCUCAGUCGGACUCAUCUUUGUUCCCCUAUUAGAAAAAAAACUCUUGUCCUUUAAGGCUCAAUUUAUUGUGUUUGCUUGAUAAUAUUGUUAACUACGAAGACAGAUGGUAAGAGAGAAAAUCACAUAAAGGAUAUGUUAGUUUUUGAGUUAUAUCUGCUUUAUCUUGUCAAAAUCUUCAAAAACAUCCAAAAUGUGCAUUUUGGAAAAUGCUAGACAGCUCUGGCAUUCAACUGAUUUAUUAUGAUACCUCAUAUACAUUUGGCUUUAAAUAUAAAUUAUUGAUUUUUUCUUUUUAUCAGUAAGAGCUGAUUUUCAACAUGUUAAAACUUCCUGAUACACAAAAGCAUGAAGUCUGAUGUCCAUACACCAGGUUAUCUCUCACUUUUAACACUAUUCCUGUUGAUUUUCAGUGAACAGGAGGAAUAAGGGCUCAUUCUUUUCACAGCCAUUUAUGCCAUCCAUCUUUAAUUAGUGUAAAAAGCAACUGCUAAAAUGAUUCAUCUUUCAUAAACAUGAAGCCUUCAUUAGGUUAUGUAACGGUCACUGUUUUAAUAUUGUGCUGAAAUUAUGUGUUUACAUAUCAGUGUGUGCAUUAUAUCAUUGCCCUGUUUACUGACACCCAGUGAAGGAAGAUGCAGCUGAUUUUAAGCCAUGUUUAAAAUGCAUAUAUGUAUGAUAUAAAAAUGUAAUGUUAAUAUUGAAUGACAGAGAAAUGUAAUUAGUUGUAAAUAUUAAUGAAUGAAUAUCUCUAUCAUUUUCCCUUUUGUGGCGAUUAACAACUCCAAGACAGACUGAAAAAAAAAGAGUUUCUGUCAGGAAGGAGUUUUCAUAUUUAUCAGCACGAUGCGACGGAGUCUCUAAAUUUUAGUGCAAAGAAGAUAGAGGUUGGUCGUAUUUUUUGCACAAAUGCUGCUGUGCAGAAUUGUGCACAUCUUUUAGCCAUGUUAGUAGCCAAUGUAUAUUCUUAGUGGUUUGGAGUUUACUUUCUCAUUGUGCUGGUUCCUGGAUGAAGCAUGUCACCAAAUGCUUUUAAAACCUUUCUCUUUUCUUCUGAUGAUAGAGCAUGCACUUUCAAAUGUUGCUUAUAUCAUUCUUCUUGUCAUGUAUGUCAAAAAACACAUCUUCCACCUGAACUAAGGUCCUCAAAAACAAUCAAUGAAAAUGAGAGCUGAGGGUGUAAAGCUAAAGUAAAGAAGCAGAAGCAAUCUAGAAGAAAAUGAUGAUCUGUCCCUCAUUGAAAAUGUGACUUCUUUUUAACACAUUGGCUAUGAGCGAUAACCAAUUUACUUGCAGUAUGUGUUAAUUUGAACGUGUGUAUUUUUAGCUACUGUUAAUCACUGGGACUGGCCUGAGCUGACACUUUUUAAUGAAAAAGCACACAUUGUAAAUGUCUAUGUCUGUAAAUUCUUGCAUUGUUUAAUUAAAGGUUUUGUCAUUGUCCCUUUUA